AUGGAUGAAGCAAUUGGGUGCAGACCCUCCAUCGUUCCACCUGCCCUUGUUGCCUCAUCUGGCCCGGAUGUUGCUGUGGCCUCUACAUCCUCAGUGAGCCCAGCCCCAGACACAGCAAGGGCAUCAAGGAAAAGAACCCGGAAAUCAAUUGAGAAUCUGAUCAAGGAGAUGGAGGAGAGGGAAAUGACAAGAGAGCAGGAAGCAGUCGAAAGGGAGGAGAAAAGAUGGAGAGAAAUGGAGGAGAAGGAGGAGAGACGAGAACGAGACAGACAAGAGCGGGAGGAGAGACGACAUGCUGAGGACAGAGAAAGAGAAGAAAGGUAGUCAUGCUCAUGGAGAGCAGGCACACAAAUGUUUGGAGCGGACACAGCAGCAGCCAUAUUGUCCCGC